ACACAGAAGUAACAGAAUUUAUUUUUCUUGGAUUGACAAAUGACCCACAGUGGCAGGUUGCACUUUUCAUAUUUCUUCUUGUUACCUACAUGCUGAGUGUGACUGAGAACCUGAUCAUUAUCACCCUCACCCUUUCAGAUCCCCAUCUGCAGGCUCCAAUGUAUUUCUUCCUUCGAAACUUCUCAUUCCUAGAAAUAUCAUUCACGUCGGUCUGCAUUCCCAGAUUCCUUGUCACUGUCGUGACGGGGGACAGAACCAUUUCUUUUAAUGGUUGUGUGCCGCAGUUGUUUUUCUUCAUCUUCUUGGGGGUGACGGAAUUUUACCUUCUGGCCGCCAUGUCCUAUGACCGCUACGUGGCCAUCUGCAAACCCCUGCACUACACGACCAUCAUGAACAGCAGAGUCUGCAUACUUCUAGUCUUUAGCUCACGGCUCGCAGGAUUCCUGAUCAUCUUUCCACCAAUAAUCCUGCUGCUGCAGUUGGAUUUCUGUGCCUCCAAUAUAAUUGAUCACUUUAUCUGUGAUUCUUCUCCAAUUCUGCAGCUUUCUUGCACAAGCACUCGCUUUCUAGAACUCAUGGCAUUUUUUUUAGCUGUGGUAACACUCAUGGUCACCCUCACACUAGUUAUUCUCUCCUACACUUGUAUCAUCCGGACAAUUCUGACGUUUCCCUUCACAGGUCAAAGGAAAAAAGCCUUUUCCACGUGUUCCUCCCACAUGGUAGUUGUCUCCCUCUCUUACGGCAGCUGCAUCUUCAUGUACAUUAAGCCUUCUGCCCGGGAAAGAGUGACUUUAAGCAAAGGAGUAGCUGUGCUCAACACCUCAGUGGCUCCCCUCUUGAAUCCAUUUAUAUACACACUACGAAAUCAGCAAGUGAAGCAAACCUUCAAGAACAUGGUCCAGAGAAUGGCCUUCUCUUUAAAUAAAUGACUGUGAUUGUUUAAAAGAAGCACCUCUGAAAACUCAGCUAAAUGAAAAACUCUGAGUUUCGCUACAUAAAUUCUUGAAGCGCCUCAAUUCAUUCUUUCAGUUAGACGUAUGUAUAUAUCUUCA